AUGGCUUAUUUGGCCGAACGGAAAAGGAAAAACCGGUCCCGAAAGCAUGCAAACAGCCGAACCAGUGAAUUAUCUUUAACGGUGGAUAGUUCAGAUCGUAGUAACAUAUCAACCAUAACCUCUAAACCGUCCCCACCGUUUGAUAAAGAUAACAGUCCGCCCAAACCAGUCUGUUCGAAAGAUCGGCCAAACAAACCAUUUGACCAGAUCAUUUGGUCCUCAAAACGAUAUAUUCCACUCGACCUCUAUCCACACACAUUGGGGGAUGAUCCCGACCGAACUCCAACCCUCGACGAGAUUAAACUUUGCAAAAGGUUAACCGACAAAUUCAAAUACUUUGACCAUGGCAAGGUUGUCAUCCAUGACAAGGAUCAAGAAUCGAAGAUAAUAGCUCUCAUUGAGUUCACGACCUGGGACCAACUAAAAACCGCGGAUUUAGACGAAUUGGAUGAUGUAACACAAUUCCUCUUUUCAGCAAAGCAAUUUGUCAAUGCCGUCGACUCCGAUAGCCGUUCUUGGGGAGGGAAAAUGUUUGCCAUCGGAUGGAGGAAGGCAAUGGUUGCUUUUCAACUAAUCAGAAUUUAUCGCAACAAGGCAGCGAUUGCAAAAUCGCCAGAGACUUACAAUGCCCUCAUGCGGAAAUCUUACAGAAUAUCAAGUAUCCUUGGCCGAAUGUUCAAGCGUCUCACAAAUGUUGCCUUUGAAGAUAACCAAGAGGUCAUGAGGAAAUAUUCCAUUCCUGCGAUUGGGCAUCUUGCCUUUAACUUGCCGAUUACCGAUGACGAUUGCGCUCCAAACUUGACUUUUACAGCCAAUGGAUUUUUCAAUCCUCCCCAUUGCGAUGAUGAAGAUCUCUCCGAAUUCGCAUUUGGCUUGUUCAUUCCGGUCAACAAAAGUGACUGGUCAAUCGCAAGAUCCGAACGUCCGACAAAGCUAAACGGUGGACAAUUUGUUUUCCCGGAUUAUCGGUGUGGGAUAGAUUUUUCGAAACAUGACGGAUUUGUCAAAGUUGUUUGGCGAGCGAAAGAAGUGAGGCAUUGUACACUCCACUCAACAAACGAUCCAACUUGCGACCAGCUUGGUAUGUUGAUGCAGAUCAACAGAAAAACAGCAACAACGUCCCGGGAUACACAAAGUGGGGCUAUCUUCAAUCGGCAAUCAUUUCGGAAUAAGCCACGGGACGCGUGUUAUAUUGGCGAUCACAAGACUUAUGUUAAAGGCAAUCAUUAA